CUUUAUCUCAGACGUCUCCCUUCAUUUGCCGACCCCCACAGCGUCUAACCAUCCGCAGCUGAGGUUCAAUUAGCCAUGACGACUCGCGGACACUUCAAGGGCGUUUACUCCCUAUCCAUCUUCGAGGCUAGAGAUGUCAAGAAAGCGUCCCCAGCCCUUUAUGUCAUGCCUAUACUGUCGGGAAAUAAAUUUAAGAAAACUGUGGUGAAGCGAGACCUGACGCCAACUUGGGAGUACUCUUCUUCUCUGACUGCAGAAUUGUCUUCUGUCCUGUCACUUCGCCUCAAGCACUUCCGUGGGCGGUAUUUACCCGCAGAUCUGCUUGGUUCUGUGGACAUCAAGAUAGGGGAGUUGCUAGAUCAUUGCGCGGAUGGCCAACGGACUACCCUAGUGCUCCGUGACAAACGAGGUCGAGAGGCAGGCUCGCUCAUUGUGCAGCUGCGGGACACUGCACCACUUGAAGCCUCCGUGGACCCCGUGGACAACAAGGCCAUUCUCGGCGUUGACCAAGAGUCGCCUACUUCGCCCGCGGUUCCCGAGCCGGUUCAAAAUGUUAUCAGUUCCGCCGCUGCUGUCCAAGAUUUGGGCAGCGACGUUGUGAAGUCCCUCAAACAAGUGGUUCAAAAGACAAAGGCCGUGGUGGAUCUUGUCGAUAAAACAGCCAAGCUCCAUCCUUACGCACAUAUUGCUUGGCAAGUCUUGACUUCGGCGUACCAAGCCGUUCAAGGACAGAUCGAGUGGGGUGACACACUUCGUGAUCUCGUCGGCUCUAUGGCCGAUCUCUAUUCCUUCGUCGAUGAUGUCGAUGAGUUGGAAGAUAAAACCAAGUCUCUCGAGCACAUCAUUAUCCGAGUCUUUGUCCAACUGACCGAAUGCGGCAUAUUCAUUAAGCAGUUUGUGUCCCAUAGAUCCGCAGGACGCCAAACAUUCUCGAACACCUCCCAAACCAUCUCGAACCUCUCGCAGGCGCUGAAAAAACUCAAGGAAGACCUUCAGCUUGGAGUAACGUCUCACACUGCACUCGUCUCGGCUCAAAUAUCCUGGGACGUGAAGACACUUGUUGAAAUCGAAGCCUUAAAAGCUCUGAACCCCGCGACUAUGGAUGCCGGAAACCGAGAUACAUGUUUACCCGGGACUCGAGUGGACAUACUGGAAAACCUCAUUAAUUCUCUGAUAGAUCCUUCCGGCCAUAACAUCAUCUGGUUUCGCGGACCGGCUGGAUCCGGCAAGAGUACGAUCCUCAACUCGGUUGCUCAAUACUUCUCAGAGCUGCACCGAUGCGGCGCUUUCCUGUUUUGGGACCGAAACGACCCUGUCAAUAGUGACCCUGUCCGUGUGAUUCGUACUCUUGCCUUCCAGCUGGGUUGUUUCAAACCUGAAAUUUGCGCGAAACUGUCCGUACAGAUCGAAAAUUCGUCCCAUACAUCACCCCUCGAUACGCAAUUCAAACAUCUUCUCGAGGAGCCUCUGGCCGAACUUGCCAAAGAGUCCGAUCUAGCCCCUAUUGUGAUCAUCCUUGAUGCCCUUGACGAGUGUGGCGCCGUAGGAACCAGGAGAAAUCUCCUUCGCACAUUAUCUGAAGGCCUUGCCAGGCUUCCGAGUAUGUUCCGGUUCUUGAUAGCCAGCCGGGACGAGCUUGACAUUAAUGCCGCACUAUCACACCCCGGCGUCGAUGUACGGGACGCACCGAUUGGUGAUGAGUCGACAUCAUCCGAUAUCAGGCUGCUUUUCCAACAACGUCUUGCCAGCAACGCCCACGCCUUCGUGAAGCAUCAUCUGCCAUCCGAUUGGCCGACAGAACCCGUAAUAGAGCAGCUUGUUACGCUCUCCGGAGGUCUUUUCAUUUGGGCAUCUACAACCAUUCUCUUCAUCGAAUCCGGCUCUCCCAAAGAAAGGUUGGAUAAAGUAUUAAGUGGAUCAGGGAUGGCCCGUCGGAUACUAGGUUGCACAAGUUAUAUCGGGUCGCUCUUGCCCAUCCAUUUAAGUCAUACAACGAAAGUGAACUUACAGACGUACAUUCCAUCCUUGGUGUGAUCGUGGUCGCUCGUGAGCGGCUAACAGAUGAGCAGCUUAGUCAGCUGCUAGGACUGGGGAUACGCAAGGUCCAAGCUAUACUCUUGGGUUUGCAACCGCUCUUGCAGGGCGGUUAUGGGCGCCC